GCCAAAGCCCACGAACCCCAAUGGAUCUAAAUUGGUUGCACCUGCAGUGAGCGAGUAAAGUGAUAGUGAAGAAGAUCAAGGAAGAAUGGCAUCGAGGUCCGGCGAAAGCGAAGCGGAAGAGGAGCAGCACCGUCGUGUGCCGCUGCGGGAGAGACCGGAGUGGUCGGAUGUUACUCCGCUUCCGCAAAACGACGGUCCUAACCCUGUCGUUCCGAUCCAGUACACCGAAGACUUCGUCGAAGUUAUGGAUUACUUUCGCGCCGUUUACGUCGCCGACGAGCGUUCCCCUCGCGCCCUCGCUCUCACCGCCGAAGCUCUCCAAUUCAACUCCGGCAACUAUACCGUGUGGCAUUUCCGACGGUUGAUUCUGGAGUCGCUAAAAAUUGACUUACACAGUGAGCUAGGGUUUGUGGAGCGUAUGGCCGCCGGAAAUUCCAAAAAUUAUCAGAUGUGGCAUCAUAGGCGAUGGGUUGCUGAGAAAUUAGGACCUGAGGCUAGAAACAUUGAGCUUGAUUUCACCAAAAAGAUACUGUCUAUUGACGCCAAACAUUAUCAUGCAUGGUCUCAUAGACAGUGGGUUCUUCAAGCACUAGGAGGAUGGGAAAAUGAACUUAAUUAUUGCACAGAACUUCUUGAAGUAGACAUUUUUAACAAUUCUGCUUGGAAUCAGAGAUAUUUUGUCAUAACAAGGUCUCCUUUCUUGGGGGGUCUGAAAGCUAUGAGAGAGUCUGAAGUGCUUUACACCAUUGAAGCCAUUGAGGGAUAUCCUGAAAAUGAAAGCUCGUGGAGAUAUCUACGAGGACUUUAUAAAGGUGAAACCGCUUCAUGGGUAAAUGAUCCUCAAGUUUCUUCAGUAUGUUUAAAGAUUUUGAGAACCAAGACCAACUACGUGUUUGCUCUUAGCACUAUUUUGGACCUUAUAUGCUCUGGUUAUCAACCAAUGGAAGACAUUAGAGAUGCUAUUGUUGCUUUAAAGACUACAGAUAUGGAUAAACAGAAUAACGAUGAUGAUGAGAUAGGGGACCAACAAAACUUGAACAUCGCAAGAAGUAUUUGUUCUAUCCUAGAACAAGUUGAUCCAAUUAGAAUCAACUAUUGGAUUUGGCGCAAGAGCAGGCUUCUUCCAUCCACUUAGUUCCAAAGUAAUUAAAGGAUAACUUUAUGUCGUGUAAUUUAUACCUAAUUUAUUAAGCCGUUGUUUGUUUGUUUGUUUGGGGUGAUUUAGAAAGCAUUGGAAUCGGAAGGAAUGAAUCGAGAAAGAAAUGGUAAAUUUCAGUUAUUUGGUUAGAGAUGAACGGAGAUUGAAAGUGAGAUUAAUUGUGGGACUCAUCGAAAUUCAUUUCUCUCCCUCAAAGACGUGAUUUGUAGCUGACUCUUGGAUUUUAUAUUUUGUUUGUUUGUUUGUA